AUGGAGGAUCCAACUCCUGCCACAGGAAUGGAUGAUGUCAAGCUCCAGUCGAUAAUUGCCAGUAUCCCAGAAGCUUUCAGGCUACAUGGUAUUUGGGAGCCUGAUGACGGCUCCUCCGAUGAAAAUUCUUCCGAUUCCGAGGACAUGUUUUCUGACACCGGAUCCGAAGAUUGUGAUGAAGAGACUGAGGAGGGUAAAGAUAUGAAUGACACCAACGGUAACGAGGAAAACAACAACGACGAUGAAGAAGGUGACGACGAUGAUAAUGAGGAGGAUGAAGAAGAUGACAACGAUGCUGUUGAUGAUAGUGAAGAGGACGAAGACGGCGACAACGCGGAAAGUGGUGCAGAAGACAAUGAUGAAGAAGGCGGUCCUCCAAUCGUCCUCUUCAAUGUGCGUUUCGAUGAUCGCCUUCUGUGUGAGAGUGAAACAAAUGUCGAAGAGCAUGAUGAAUGUCCAAAUAGCAUUCUACGCGCUCAUAUGUGGGGUGCUCGUUCGAGACUACACUUAGGCCACCACAAAAUGGGAUUCCUCUCGCAACUCGCUCAGGUUUGUGUUCGUUCCAAGUUGCACAAUUGUAAAACGAAGAAGUGCAAGGAGACGAGAGAGGCCAUGGCCAAGUGGGCACCGGAUUGCAACUAG